UUGUUAAUGUGCUAGACUGCUGCAGCAAUGGCGCAGCUAUGGUGAAUCGCGAGGCAUUGGCGCAGCUCUUCCCGGCGAUUUUCCAGCUCCUGGAUGAAUCUCCUCGCUGGUAAAGCAGUGGCCCCGGGAGGGUUUUGUGGAGAUCCAGCCGCGCCGGGGCCCCGGAGCUCGCAGAGUAUCAGCAUUGGGAAGCGCGGGGCAGUAGAGCAAGGGGGAAGGAUUUGCGCUGCGCGAGGGGGAGAAGCUCCAUCGACACUGGAUUCACUCUUAGGGUUUGAGAUGGCGAGCAGCGAGCUCGUCGCGUCGCGGGAGCCGGAGCAUGUGAUUAUGUCGCGAGGAGGCUCCGUGCUUGGGCGGAAGACGAUUCUCAAGAGCGAUCACUUUCCAGGCUGCCAGAACAAGCGUUUACAGCCGCACGUCCAAGGCGCUCCAAAUUAUCGCCAGGUUAGCUCGCUCCCCGUGUUUGGCGUAGCUAUUCCAACGAUCGAUGGUAUACGCAAGGUGCUCGAUUUGAUCGGCGCAAAUCGGAAUGGAGGUCACAAGCGCGUGCUCUGGCACAAUCUCCGUGAAGAGCCAGUUAUUUACAUAAAUGGUCGGCCAUUUGUGUUGAGAGAGAUCGAGAGGCCAUUCACGAACCUCGAGUAUACUGGAAUUAACAGAGUUCGUGUUGAGGAAAUGGAAGCCAGGCUGAAAGAGGAUGUUCUUCGAGAGGCUGGUCGGUUUGGCUGCAAAAUCCUGGUUUGUGAUGAAAUGCCUGACGGCCAAAUGAUCGACCAGUGGGAACCAAUAACUGACGCAUCGGUGCUAACACCUCUAGAGGUGUACGACAGCUUGUGCAAUGAGUCGUACUUCGUGGAUUAUGAACGGUUGCCAAUCACUGAUGAGAAAUCUCCCAAAGAACGGGACUUCGAUCUACUGGUGCAGCGUGUUGCAGAAGCGGACAUUAACACCGCCUUGGUGUUUAAUUGUCAAAUGGGUCGAGGGCGUACAACUACUGGAAUGGUCAUUGCAACUCUUGUAUAUUUGAAGCGAAGCGGAUCUGCAGGAAUUCGUAGAUCGAGGUCCUUCGGGGAAGUACUUGGCUCUGCAGAGGAGUCAAUUGACGAAUUUCCUGAUUCCGAGGAAGGGUUUAGACAAGGUGAAUACACUGUUGUAAGGAGCCUUUGUCGGGUUUUGGAGGGUGGCGUCGAAGGCAAACGACAAGUUGAUACUGUUAUAGAUAGGUGUUCGGCUAUGCAGGUAGAUGUAUUUUUUCCUUUCGAGGUUGCUGUUAUUCACAAUAGACCAUGGCAGAACUUGCGUGAAGCCAUCAACACAUAUCGUAACAGCAUUUUGCGUCAAGCAGAUGAAAAGAAGAGGGAGUCUUCUCUCUCGUACUUUGUCGAGUAUCUGGAGCGGUACUACUUUCUGAUCUGUUUUGCUGUAUAUAUACAUACAGAUCAGUCUGCCUUAACGCAGCCUGGUGGCUUUCAGCAGUGGAUGAAGGCUAGGCCGGAAUUGUACAGUAUCUUGAGAAGGCUCUUGCGGCGGGAUCCCAUGGGAGCACUUGGCUACAGAAGCAAACCCCCUGUGGCAGCUGAAAAUGGCCGACCAUCCAGGAUGGAAGCUGUGGCGGCAUGCAGAACUGGAGACGUUCUUGGGAAACAAACAGUUUUGAAGGGUGACCACUAUCCGGGCUGUCAUAAUCCUCAUCUGCCCGAAAGUGUGGAGGGAGCUCCAAACUUCAGGGAAAUUCCUGGUUUUCCUGUCUACGGAGUUGCCAAUCCCACUGUUAGCGGCAUCAAAGCGGUCUUGGAAAGAGUUGGUGGUGGAAAAGGGGGACGUCCCGUCUUGUGGCAUAACAUGAGAGAGGAGCCAGUCGUAUAUAUCAAUGGACAGCCAUUCGUUCUGCGAGAAGUCGAGAGGCCUUACAAAAACAUGCUAGAGUAUACAGGAAUUGAUCGCGACCGAGUAGAACAGAUGGAGGCUCGACUCAAGGAAGACGUGCUCAAGGAAGCAGAACGUUAUGAUGGUGCAAUUAUGGUGAACCACGAAUCGAAAGACGGUUUCAUAUUCGACAGCUGGGAAACUGUUACUCCAGAAGGAGUUCAGACUCCAUUCGAAGUUUACUCUCGGCUGGUCUCCGAAGGCUACUCUAUCGAGUAUUCUCGUAUGCCAAUUACUGAUGGAAAAGCUCCAAAGAGCUCAGACUUCGACACACUGACUUCUAAGAUUGUUUCUGCUCCCAAAAAGACCGUCUUCGUCUUUAACUGUCAGAUGGGACGUGGACGCACAACAACAGGCACUGUUAUCGCUUGUCUAGUAAAACUCCGCUGCGAUUAUGGCAAGCCUUUUCGUUUACCGUCCGCUCUUCCUGGAUCUUCUGUGGACGGUGGAUCAGAUAGCAGCGGAGAAGAAAACGGUGAAGCCGGUGACGAGCACCUGACUUUCAAGCCAGCAAAGUUGGAAAGGUGCAAAUCGACAAGCGUACUCGUAAUGGACGACAUAUCUAUUGUGAGAAGACUCACACGCUUACUAGAGGACGGGGUCGCAUGCAGGGAGGCACUUGAUGAUGUUAUAGACCGGUGUGCAGCACUACAGAAUCUCCGUCAGGCUAUUUUACAGUACCGUAAGAGCUUCAAUCAACAAAAUCUGGAGUCUCCUGGCCGAAGAGCAGCUCUAAAUCGUGGAGUUGAGUAUCUGGAGCGGUACUGCAUGAUGAUCGCGUUUGCUUCUUACCUCGGUAGUGAAGCGUUCAGUGAAACUCAGCGUUUGCCGUUCAAGGUAUGGCUAAACAAGCGACCAGAAAUCAAACAGAUGAAGUGGAGUAUGCGGUUGAGGCCGGCUCGUUUUUUCGCUGUUCCUGAGGUGGAAUUUCGGGCAUUGGCUGAGAAUUGCGAGGGCGAUGAGAUUUUAGAAGCGAUAGUCAAGUCCCGGAAUGGUUCGGUUCUGGGGAAACGGGCUAUUCUCAAAAUGUACCAUUUCCCAGGUCAGAGCGCGGCAAGCUGCUUUGACAUCCCUGGAGUACCUCAUAUGCGUAAGAUAGAUGGCUUUCCAGUAUAUAGCAUGGCCACACCCACUGCUCAAGGCGCCAAAGCAGCGUUUGCUUGUCUCAAGACAGCCGUUGAUCAAGGAAAGCACGCUGUUGUGACCGACUUGAGAGAGGAGGCUGUGGUUUAUAUUCGCGGUAAUCCAUUUGUUUUACGGGAGCUUGACCAACCUGUAAGCACUUUAAAGCACGUUGGAAUAAAAGGUUCUGCGGUUGAGCAAAUGGAGUACAGGUUGAAGGAAGAUAUCCUCGCCGAGAUGAAACGCUCUGGUGGCCGCGUGGUCUUACACCGAGAAGAGUGUAAUCCACUGACAAACAAGUCUGACGUUAUCGGGUACUGGGAAGUUCUGACGUCUGACGAUGUUAAAAUUCCUGCCGAAGUUUAUACUGGUCUUGCGGCCGAAGGCUACAAAAUCGACUACAAAAGAAUCCCACUGACGAGGGAGAGGGCCGCUCUGGCAAUGGAUGUGGAUGCCAUCCAGGACAGACUAAACGGAUCUGGCAGCGAAUAUGUAUAUAUUUCUCACACGGGAUACGGAGGUGUCGCGUAUGCGAUGGCAAUCACUUGCAUGGGGCUGCAAGCCGAAGCCGAAGCUAGCUUGGCAGCUUCUUCCUCGGGGGUUCCAUCUUGUGUGUAUGGACCCAUACAAAGGCCUGCCGAUGAUAUAAACGCUUUCAAGCAAGGGGACUACAGAGACAUACUCAGCUUGGUGAGAGUCCUGCCAAGCGGACCUUUUUGCAAAGCCGAAGUGGAUACCAUCAUCGACAGAUGCUCUGAAGCUGGAAAUCUGAGAGAUGACAUCCUCUAUUACAAGCAGCAGCUCGAAUGCUGCCAGCAAGAGGACGAGGAGCACCGAGCUUACAUUCAAGACAUGGGUGUCAAAGCUUUGAGGAGAUACGCGUUUCUCAUAGCAUUCCGCUCGUUUCUGACGAGUAGAACUCCCAAUUCCUCGUUUGCUGCGUGGAUGCACUCCCGCCCGGAGCUUGGCCACCUCUGCUACAACCUCAAGCUCGAGUGAGUCUCCUUUUCCUUUUUUUUCCACCUGUAAUAUGUGUAUAGUGGUAACUUUUCCUUGGAAGGAAGAGAUGCUUUCUUUUCA